CGUAAGAAGCACCGCGGCACCACGGGAGAGAGGAUGUCCUGCUGAACCGAGGAUCGGCCUGGGAAAGUCGGCCGGCCGUCCUUCUCCUGUCCUCUUUACCUUCCAGCACCUUUCAGCCAGCAGCGGACAUCUUUCUCCUUCUUCCUCUUCCACUGGACUAAGAGAGAAAGAAAGAGAGAGAGAACGCGUCGACUCCCGCACACAAAGAGCUGCAGCAGACCGGAUGGGCUUUUCUCCUCAUGACAACCGCCGUGCACGGAUGUGAUCCCGGCACCGAACAAGGCCUGUGCACUGACCUGCUGCUAGCUAGCCGAGGAAGCUACCCAGCUAGCUCCUGCACCUGCUAGCCACCGUUGUGUCUGUCCCUUAGAGCUAAAUCCAGCCAGUGUCAGGCAGCUAGCCAACCCGGGCUCGACCUCUCCUUCCUCCAGGGUUUUUCUGUUUGUUUAUUAGCCAUUUUCCCCUGUGAACCGUUUGUUUCCGUUGCAGAGGAACCGUCCACCUGCAGAGAGGAGCUAGCUAGAGAGCCAGCUGCGGGUUCACUUAGGACUCGUCAUUCAUUGAAAGAAAAGGAAAGACUUUCUCCCCUGGAAGCAUUUAGCUGCUAGUUUAGCUCCCAGUGACGUGACGUGCAGCUGGUCUGUGCACAGGGGGUUUCCGGUGGACUCGCCGGCUCGGAGCUCCGGUGGUUCGAUCCCGGUGUUGCCUCUUGCACGCAGGGACCGAGUGGGACAGAUCGGGACAGAUGAACCGGUGAAGAGACAUUUAAAGACCAGCUGUUGAUCCCCUACUGGUUUCCAGCAGCGUUUCCUCUGCGGUUGAAGAAUCUCUCUAUUUAAAAAAAGCACCGGCCGGACAAAGUGGUGGUGGCCCGAUAGAGGAGGAGGAGGAGGAGAAGCAGCGGGAGGAGCAGGAGGAAGAAGAACACUGUGGAGCGAUCACCCUUAUUCCUCAUGAACAUACAGAGGUCAAAUCCGAUUAGCAUUUCACGUUAUGGGAGAUCGCGGCACAAAUCGCACGACUUCGAGGAGCUGUCCUGCCUGCGGAGCGCCGAGUCGCACCAGAGCUUCAGCCCCAACCUCGGCUCCCCGAGCCCCCCGGAGACCCCCGACUCCUCCUCGCACUGCAUAUCCCGCAUCGGGGACUACCUGCUGCUGGAGCCGCUGGAGGGCGACCACGUCUUCCGGGCCGCCCACCUGCACAGCGGGGAAGAGCUCGUGUGUAAGGUUUUUGACAUUGGCCAAUACCAGGAGUCACUGGCGGCCUACUUUGCCCUGGGCCAGCACCAGCACAUCAACCAGAUCCUGGAGAUCUUGCUCGGGGAGACGCGGGCGUACGUGUUCUUCGAGAGGAGCUAUGGGGACAUGCACUCUUUCGUCCGCACCUGCAAGAAGUUGCGGGAGGACGAAGCUGCCCGACUCUUCUAUCAGAUAGCCUCGGCCGUGGCACAUUGCCACGACAACGGACUGGUCCUCCGUGACCUCAAGCUGAGGAAGUUUGUCUUCAAGAAUGAAGACAGAAGCCUGGUGAAGCUGGAGAGCCUUGAGGACACGUAUAUCCUGGAUGGUCACGAUGACUCCCUGUCAGACAAACAUGGCUGCCCUGCCUAUGUCAGUCCCGAGAUCCUCAACGCCAACGGCAGCUACUCGGGGAAGGCAGCAGACGUCUGGAGCCUGGGCGUCAUGCUGUACACCAUCCUCGUGGGGCGCUACCCUUUCCACGAUGUGGAGCCCGGCUCUCUGUUCAGCAAAAUCCGCCGGGGCCACUUCAACAUCCCGGAAACGCUCACCCCCAAGGCCAAGUGCCUGAUCCGCUCCAUCCUGCGCCGGGAACCCGCGGAGCGCCUCACCUCCCGGGAGAUCCUGGAGCACCCGUGGUUUACCUCCUCGGGGGCGCUAGGGGGCGCCGCCGUGCACGGCAGAGCGGAGAGGGAGCAGGAGCAGUUGGUGCCUGAGGUGAACAUGGAGGAGGAGCUGGAGCAGUUCUUCAGCUGAGCGAACACCAAGCACAAACGGACGACUCCGCCACGGUCAGCUCGCCACGCUCAUAGCAGAGCCAAAAAACAGUAGUGUAGAGAUUAUUAGGUGAACAUUUGUCAUUUAUAAUAAAGGUGUUUCCAUCCUG